GUCACUUCUUCAUUCCACCUGGAGCAUCUGCACGAGUUUUGCCGAGAGAAGCCGAAAGGCUUGAGUCGCGCAGUUCGGAGAGCGUCCAGCAGGUGGCGUGAGUGAGUGAGUGAGUGAGGAGGAUAUGAUAGACAGGGAGAGAGGGAGGAGCCGGAGAGAAGGAGAUUGUUUCCUCUCAGUCUGUAUCCCUGACACACGCAGGAGGGAAGAAAGAGCUACAAACAGCCGGGAAACAGUAACGCUACACGGGAUCUAAACGGACACAACCUGCGCUUCUUUUUACUCAUUUCAUAUUUUUGGGGGAAGCGGAAAGGGUCGCCCCCCACCUGUUUUUUUUUUUUUUUACUCUCCCCCCACUUUUUCUUUGUAAGUUCCCUGAUCCCCAUUCCCGGCAGCGGCGGCAGCGGCAGGAGGAAGAGACCAUCAGAGCAGGAACAGGGGGAACCCUCGUCUGCAAAGAGGCCUCAGCUCCUCUCUCCACAUAUUAAGGUGGGGAUGGUCGACCUGUGAGAGGCGUCCGCCCGCCUCCAUGUGAACGCUACGCCCCAUGAUCCUCGGGGAGCUGGGGGCGGAGCCCGCCUUGGUCUCUUCGGAUUGGUUCUGGAUGGAAUUACGUUGAAUGGACCAGAAUCUCAGCGGGCUGGACUGCUUGUCAGAGCCAGAUGAAAAAAGGUGGCCGGAUGGGAAGCGAAAAAGAAAGAACAGCCAAUGUAUGGGAAAAAGCGGCAUGUCCGGUGACAGCUUGGUGUCUCUGCCCUCUGCAGGGUACAUCCCCAGCUAUCUGGACAAAGAUGAGCCAUGCGUGGUGUGCAGUGAUAAGGCCACGGGGUACCACUACCGCUGUAUCACUUGCGAGGGGUGUAAGGGUUUCUUUCGCCGCACCAUCCAGAAGAACCUGCACCCCUCCUACUCGUGCAAGUACGAUGGCUGCUGCAUUAUCGACAAGAUCACCCGAAAUCAGUGCCAGCUCUGCCGCUUCAAGAAAUGCAUUGCCGUUGGCAUGGCAAUGGAUCUUGUCCUGGAUGAUAGCAAGCGGGUAGCCAAGCGAAAACUGAUUGAAGAGAAUCGACAGCGGCGGCGGAAGGAGGAGAUGAUCAAGACUCUGCAACAGCGUCCCGAGCCAAGCAGCGAGGAGUGGGAGUUGAUUCGCAUUGUAACAGAAGCUCACAGGAGUACCAAUGCUCAGGGCAGCCACUGGAAACAGCGUAGGAAGUUUCUGCCGGAAGAUAUCGGGCAGUCUCCCAUGGCUUCCAUGCCGGAUGGGGAUAAAGUUGACCUGGAAGCUUUCAGUGAGUUCACCAAGAUAAUCACCCCGGCAAUUACCAGAGUGGUGGACUUUGCCAAGAAGCUGCCCAUGUUCUCUGAGCUGACUUGUGAAGACCAGAUCAUCCUGUUGAAAGGAUGUUGUAUGGAGAUCAUGUCUCUCCGUGCUGCUGUACGCUACGAUCCAGACAGCGAGACCCUAACGCUGAGCGGAGAGAUGGCUGUGAAACGGGAGCAGCUUAAGAACGGAGGUCUGGGUGUUGUCUCUGAUGCCAUCUUUGACCUCGGGAGGUCGCUUGCUGCGUUUAACCUUGACGAUACGGAAGUGGCACUGCUGCAGGCUGUUUUGCUAAUGUCAUCAGACCGAACUGGUUUAAUCUGCACGGACAAGAUAGAGAAAUGUCAAGAGACCUACCUUCUCGCCUUUGAACACUACAUCAACCAUCGCAAACACAACAUUCCCCACUUCUGGCCCAAACUCCUAAUGAAGGUGACGGACCUGCGCAUGAUAGGGGCAUGCCAUGCCAGCCGCUUUCUGCACAUGAAGGUCGAGUGCCCCACCGAGCUCUUUCCACCGCUCUUCCUUGAGGUCUUUGAGGACCAGGAAGUUUGAGGGACAGUGCAUGUCGGUAGAGAGGAAAAAGCAUUUAUCCCUUUUGUUCCUCCCUACCUUGGUUGGCCAUUAUAUCCUAAGAAGACAAUAUAGGAAAAUCCUGCUACAGCUAAAGGAACCUUUUAUUGUGGUACACUCGGAAAUGGAAGUUUGCCAGCGAUCAUCUUGGUAAAACAGAAAAAAAAAAACAAGAACAGAAGCCGUUUGGCCCCAAACCUGAUACAUUUAUAGGUUGGAAGCUGAGUGGCACCACCUUAGGGCACAAGAUGUCCAAGGAAAAGGCGCUUGUAACCUUUUUGUUGUUCUUGUAGUUUCCUGUGGCACCAUUAUGAUACACCCAGGAAUGGAUGUUUAAUCUAGCAUAUCUCUCCCCAACACCACCAAAAGGCUCAGUGCAAGAUUACUUGGGCGGCUUUUAAUUGACAUCUUCAAAUAUGGGAGGGGAACAGAUAAUGAGUGGCUUAAACUCUUCUGUACCCCCAUAUGCAAAAUGAUAGAUAGAUAGAUAGAUAGAUAGAUAGAUAGAUAGAUAAUUUCAUAAUGGGCCUCAUUGUCCCACUCUUCAGCUUAUUCAGCUUUAUAUAUAUAUAUGUGUGUGUGUGUAUGUGUAUAUAUAUUUGUGUGUAUAUAUAUAUAUAUAUAUAUAUAUAUAUAUAUAUAUAUAUAUAUAUACACACAGAGAUAUUCCCAUAUAUUCCCAAAUAUUUCAUAUUUCUUAAGUGCCAAUGCCCAUGCAAUCAGAAAAACAUUGCAGUGAAGAAUGCUUUAAUUUUUUUUGUAUGUAGGUAGUAUAUGUAGAUAUCUAUCUGUCUUAUCUAUCUAUCUGAGUAUGUUUGUGUAUAUACAUAUAUAUCUAUAUAUAUGUGUGUAUGUAUAUAUACAAUGUAUAACAUCUAUACUUCUGAUCUGCAAUCAGAUCCCAUUUUUAGUCCAGGUGCUGAAUUCACCUCUGCAGAGUGCCUGUCAGGCCAAACGUUACUCCUCCUUCAUUUGAACCAUAGUAUAAAGCCAGAUGGGAGGCGGGGCAUAGUAUAUGAGACCCCUCCCUUGCACAGACUUCCCUCCACCAUACCCUACAUUUAUAGAAAAGUCACCCCAAACUGCUAUUUUUGGGAUGAAGCAAAAGCACCAAAGCCUGCCUUCUAGUCUAACCCCCCACACCCACCCACAGACCCUGCCAUGCGGAAAAAAAACCCCAGAGACCCUCUGCAGCUACGCAAACCAAAAAUUUUUCUAAGAAGCACUUUGAAAUGCCAGAUUGCAUGUGUUCUCGCUUUUUUGCUGCUCUCCUGCAUCUUAUUCUGCAUCUCUUUCGAGGAGAUCCGAUAUGUGGCUUUACAGAGUUCCUGGCAGCCUUACUGUACAGCCUCUAACCCUUUUUAUUGGGUUUCUAUUGCCAAGUUUUCUACAUGAUGGGGGGGUGUUUCACCCCCACAUUCUUCUGUAGAAUAUAUUGCCUUCCCUUAAUCCCCUCUAUUUGCACUUUGCUGAAAGCACUUGUUACCAAUGAUGGACUCCGAUUUUUGUUCUCUUUUUCCCUAAGAACCUAAAGAAGCACUUAGUGUAUUUUGACAUAUUUAACCCCUUAUAUUGUGUGCUGUUGAUAGACACCUGUGUGAUUUCACGGCGCGCUAUUGGACAGAAUGAACGGCCCUGCUCACCUGUCUGCUGCCCAAUGGCCUGGUAAGGUUCAGCGGCGGCAGAAGCACUUAAUAUGUUUGACUUAAAGUGUCCCUUUUGAUUUCAAUUUUUUUGGGGUUCAGUAUUUUUCCGCGGGCAGAUUCUGCUUCCCCCCCAACACACAGCCCUACACCCUCCCCCUUCAAAAUUAAAAUUGAAAAAGCACUUAAAUUUAUCGUUUUUUUAUUAAAUGCAAACCAUAUCUUUUUAUCAAUUCUUUUGGAAGAGAGGUUGGCUCUGCAAAGGGAAUUCUGCGCCAUAAUUUGGGGAUUUUUUCAUAUUCCCAUGGAUACGUUGGGAGCCAGCAGACUUUAAUAUGAGGGAUUGUUAGUAUAUCGGUCCAGUCCCACCCAGCGCCAGAGAAAAGGAAUAUUCAUCUAUUUAAUUGUCUCCAAAGCAGCAAUACAUAGUGUCUAAUUGAGGAGGACCCCUGAAGAAGCUCAGUGCUGCAUGCUUCAAAUGAAAAUGAUUUUGAUUGGUUAAAUGAUAAGGAUGUGAGUUUGCUCUGGCCCUGGGUGCGGCUUAGUGGUGGGACCCUGCACGGUGUUACAAGAACUCUGUGUUGGGUUUACCUCGGCUAAUUAGCAGGAGAAAACAAAAAAAAAAGCUGUUGUUUUGUGUUUGAAUAGUGUUUUUCUUGCCCCUGGGCUCUGUUGGGGGCCUGCCUCUCGCACUGCCGACCCCCGUCUGGGCCCCAGGAGCACAGCUAUCUCUUUUAGCUUAACGUCGGCGGACUGGACGUUAUAAAGAAAUGAGGUCCGGUCCACUCAGUGGACUUUAAAGAUUCCAGGCCUUAGAGACCUGGCUAAUUGUUACCCCCUGCAAAAAAAAAAACAAAAAAAAGGAACCCCCGAAACCCUUACAAAUGUGUGUGCUUAGCACACUCUAAAGAAAGUAGAAAAGUAUGUAUAUAUGUGUAUAUAUAUAUAUAUAUAUAUAUAUAUAUAUAUAUAUAUAUGUGCCGCGGUGAUGUCACCUCUGAGGUGGCUGCACUUAUCUUUAUUUCCAUGCCUGUUAACUUCUGUUUUUAUUUGAUUUUAACCCUCCCCUCCCCGUGUUGCAGAGAUUCACCCAUCUCGGGCGGCUGAGGCUUUUAGACGACAUUAACUGUUUUUUUUUGGCCGGUUUAAACAGAGGACGACUCAGUGGGUCCUCAGACUGGUUGGUACAGAAGUAUGUCUUAACCCAGGUAUUUUUUUGUUUUUAGAAUUCUUUAUAGUGGUCUGUAUAAGCUUUUGGUGCCAUUCCUAUUCCUCUCUCCAUCCACUGUGUAAUGAAGCCCUGGUUGUUUAUUGUGAGCGCUGCAAAGGCAUUGUAGAUGUAAAUGAUGGAGUCUUUUGUCUCAACCAUAGACUCUCACCACCUGUAGCCUCACCAGCUUCACACAGGGAUAUGUCUUCAUUCAUUUUAGAGUGCGCCUCCAAACCUUUAUUUGGCCGCUCACCGAUGAUGCUUCAACUGGCACCUAUAUAUAUAUAUAUAUAUUUUUGUUUAGUGGGGGUGUCACGAGCAGCAGCUCCCCUCUGCAGAAUGUUUAGAUCCUGGUUCGGAGGCUGCGUUCACCUGGCAUGGAAAAGCUUCACCAGUGCAGGAUCUACCCGCUCACGGUUCCACGGAGGUCGAGAAACUCUUGGAAGAUUGUCUGCUAUGGAACCUGUCGUGACUUCGGAGUAUAAAUAGGAGUUUUAUUUCUGGCCAUUCCCUCAACACUACAAAUACUUGUCUCUGGGAUAAUGUUUUUUUUUUUCCGUUCAAUCAAUGGCUUAUGCAGAAGCAACCUCACAACUGACAGUAACUAUGUCUGCAUUGGAGAGAGCAUUCAGCCACGCUCGCUCUCCCAGCUCGCACACUCACACUUUAUUCAUACCAGGAAUAAACCAGGAAGAUUUUCUUUUUCUCAUACGCUCAUACCUCAGACAACGACCCCUUCUCAUCCUCCUUUACAUUUGCGACCUCGCUGUUUUGACUUUAAGGUGAGAACCCCCCUCCCAUCCUUCUUUGAGGAGAAACUGAUUUGGGGGGGGGGUCUGAUGCUCACCAGCUGGAAGAUAUGUGGUCCCCACAGAAAGACCCCAAGUGGAGCAGGACAGGCAAUGAACUUGGGGGGAAAAACGGCACAGAAAGGGGACACUAUGGAUACCGCAGAACGUUUUCAUUUUACUAAAUCCGCAGCAUUAAUAUAAAAAAUACAAACCCCCGGCUGCCUCAGCCUCUAAAGAUUAUGUUGGACUUCACUUCUUUGCCUCCGCCCCCAUGCAAAUUACAUCAAAAUUUUCUUCUUUGUUUUUCCUCUAUCGCCCCUAAAUGUAAAAAUGGUAGGGGCUUUUUUUUUUUUUUGUUUUAAUGAAUUUCAGCUCAUCAUCGGUUCUAAAUAGUUUCCCAAAAAGGUUUAACAGAUCUUAGCUGUCAUUUACUGGAGAGUUUAACUUUUACAAGGAUCAUAUUCCACGUUUCUGUUCUAUAUAUAUAUAUAUAUAUAUAUUUUCAUUGCU